UCCUCUCCCCUCCUCUUUUCUCCUUUACCCAAACGCUUGCCCACCCAUCUUACGCUAGUCAUGUCCUUCCCCCUCCCGACCGCCGCUGCGCCUAAUGCGCUCGGCGUCGAGGCCAUGUUCCAGCAGAUCAUGCUUGGCAUGCAGAAAUCCCAAGAGGAGAUUUCCAGCCUGAGGCAAGAGUGUGCUGACCUCCGUACAUCCAAUGCCACCCUCGAGAAGCAGAUUCGUGACGGUCUCUAUAAUGCCCCCAAUGGCGCUCGCACCACUGGAUGGUCAACGCCUAUGCCUGGCAGCCCCCAGCUCCGCGCUAGCCGGUCUCCCUUCCUCUCUCCUCAGCACAUCCCCUCCCUCGCUGCCCCUCCCACCCCUCCCACCCUCCACGUACCCUCGCCGCUGGGUGACAAUGCAGGAGCGUCGCCGCCGCUCGGCUUCGUGAGCCGCGACAUCCCCGGCUUCUACGUCGUCAUCCCUGCCGGUGGCGCUGGUACCCGCCUCUGGCCCCUCUCGCGCGAGGACCACCCCAAGUUCCUGCUCGACCUUACCCUCAAGGGCCGUUCGCUCAUCCAGGCUACCUGGGACCGUCUCCUGCCUCUUGCUUCGCCCUCGCGCAUGACCGUCGUUGCUGGCCCUGGGCACGUCAAAGCCAUCAUGGAGCAGCUGCCCGAGAUGUUCUCGCACAACCUCUUCUGCGAGCCCGGCCCCAAGGACUCCAUGGCCGCCAUCGGCCUGGCCGCUGCCGUCCUGUCGAAGCGCGACCCCGAGGCGGUCAUCGGCAGUUUCGCGGCUGAUCACAUGAUUUCGGGCGACGAUGCGUUCCUCGGCGCGAUCGCGGAGGCCGUUGAAGUCGCCCGCUCGGACGCAGGCUACCUCGUCACAAUCGGCAUCGCGCCCUCGCACCCCUCAACCGGGUUCGGCUACAUUCGUUUAGGAGAGCGCCUGGACCUCAAGAACGCGCCGAACGCGCGGCUCGUGAGCUCGUUCAAGGAGAAGCCGGACGCGCGCACGGCGGCGGCGUACAUCGGCACGGGCAACUACCGCUGGAACGCGGGCAUGUUCGUCACCAAGGCGACGCUGCUCAUGGAGCUCCUCCGCGAGCACAAGCCCGAGAUCGCGAAGGGCCUCGAGGCGAUCGCGGACGCGUGGGGCGACGAGACGGCGCGACAGAAGGCGCUGGAUGAGAUCUGGCCGACGCUCGAGAAGAUUCCGAUCGAUAAUGCGGUCGCGGAGCCUGCAGCCGCUGAGGGCCGCGUUGCGGUCGUGCCUGCUACGUUCGGUUGGGACGACGUUGGUGACUUCUCCUCGCUCGCGGACCUCCUCCCCGCCGAGGCAUACCAGCCCAAGAUCCUCGGCGACCACCACCUCGUCCUCACUGAACAAAUGGCUGGAGGCAUCGUCGUUCCCGGCUCGGGCCGCCUCAUCACGUGUCUGGGCGUGGACGAUCUCGUGAUCGUGGACAUGCCCGACACGCUGCUCGUCACCACGCGCGCGCGGUCGCAGGAGGUCAAGCGGCUCGUCAAGAAGACGCGUGAUGCGGGCUGGAAGCAGCUGCUCUAACCUUGAAUCCCGUCUCCUUCUAUGAUCCUUUGAUUCCGUGCCUUCUGAUUCGUUCAGUGAUACUGUGUCGGAUUUGGAUCUGGAAUAAUGGUUCUAACUCUCGCCUCAGUCGACUAAUCAAACAAUGACUUACGCUUACAUAGCCGCGUGCCUUCGCGCUUGUUAGUUAUUAUUUAUUGUCUCCCGCUUUUACCUCUGGUCUCUCGUUAUAUCCUCUUUUCUCCGCUGAUAUUCAUAUAUACCUAGUACCCUACCUAUGUGGGGGAGGGAUGCUCGGGCGCGGGGUGCUCUUAAUGGAUUUGAUAGUAGGGAGUCUGUAGUUGUAGAUAGCGGACGGUAGUGCACUGCGUUAUCUACGGCGCGUUGGUGAAUAAACUGUGCAAGUAAUAUGAUGAAAUAAAAG